AUGAAGGAAGCCGGGCUUCAAGUGACCACGGAGAAACUGUUGUGGUGCUUCUUCCUGAUCUUGAUCAGCUUCUCUAAUGUUUUGGACCAGACAGGAAACUUGAAUAAGAAGGCCUUUGUGUUUCCCAAAGAGUCAGAUAAUUCCUACGUAUCCCUGGAAGCACAAUUAGAGAAACCACUCAAAGCCUUCACUGUGUGUCUCUAUGUCUGCUCAGAGCUGGCUCUGUCCCGUGGGUAUAGCAUUUGCUCUUAUGCCACCAGGAAACAACCUAAUGAGAUCCUCAUAUUUUCGUCUAAGGGUAGAGGCUAUAUUUUUGGAGUGUGUGGGACCGAGGUAUUAUUCAAGAGUCCUGAAAACAUUCAAGUUCCAAUACACGUCUGUGCCAGCUGGGAGUCCACCUCCGGGAUUGCAGAGUUCAGGGUGGAUGGGAAGCCCCUGGUGAGGAAGAGUCUGGAGAAGGGAGCCUCUCUGGCAAGCAUCAUCCUGGGGCAGCAGCAGGAGGCAUUUGAUAAAAACCAAUGUUUGGUGGGAGACAUUGGAGAUGUGAACACAUGGGACUUUGUGCUAUCGCCAGAUGAGAUCAGCACUGUCUAUGCUCGUGGGACCUUCAGUCCUCAUGUUCUGGACUGGAGGGCACUGAAGUAUGAAGCACAUGGUGAGGUGUUUGUCAAGCCUUGGCUGUGGCCCUGA